AUGGAAGAUGGCGCGGAGCUGACCGUGCGAUCGGCCAAGCUGCAGGGGUUCCCACCGUUUCCGACGUGGAACGGGACAGUCGCUGCGCCCUCGGGAGACGAUCGCGGCCUUUGCAGUGUCCUGGGCGCUGGUGGAGAGCUGGUGGUGCUGCAGAACAGCCGGCGGAAAGACGACGAGCACGAUAGCGAGGUCAGCUGCCUGCGCGUCUGCAAGGUGCUGCCGUCUGCGGGGGAGAAGGUCGCGAGCUUCUGCCAGUGCUGGGCGAGCGACGGAUCUGUUGUUGUCACAGCUCAUGACCGCAGAGUGGCGAUCUACAGCGGCGAGGACUUCCGCGUCUUGGUCAGGUUGCAGCUGCGGUGCAGCGUGGUCUCCAUGGACAUCACCAAGUGCCGGUGUCUAUCCACAGGCGAUGGUGAUGACAGAGUUGAAUAUCUUCUUAUAGUGGGCACUGCGUUUGGUGGAUUGCUGUACAAGGUGGAGCUGCCAAGUGGAGAGUAUGACGCUGAGCGGGAAUUGACGCAUGUGGCGAGAGUCCACGAUGAAGUGGCUGUGUGCUUGGUAAAAUUUUCUGACGACGGAAGUACGGCUGCUAUGGGAACAAUGGACGGCCGCCUGUUCUUGCGGAGGCUUGAUACGCAAGCUGAUGAAGAGUUGGCGACGUUCGGCACCGCCGUGCUAUCCAAGGUACUGGUCGCUCCGCGUGUCACCAGUAUCAGCUUCUCUGCAUGCAGCACGAAGCUCGUGGUUGCAACGAGGAAGGGCAACGUGUACGUCUUCACUCGUGCAUCGGACACGGGCAAGUGGCAGACGUUGUCGAGCUGCAAGGACCUCAGCGCGAACCCCAAACCAAAACCGAGCGGCGCAGCUGGCGUGAGCAAGGCUGCUACAGCAGCGCAGACGCUCGUGGCCUGCUGGGGCCCCGUGUUUGUGGUGUGCUCACGCGCGAUCACGUCGCGGCUGGAGAUGUACGAUUUCGCGUCGGGCUGCCUGCUGCACUCGCUGCAACUGGCACCGGCGGCUGUCUCCUCCUCCACGACGUUAAACCAGCAGCUGGUCACGGGUUUGUGCGUGCUGCAGGCUCGAGGUGGCGGGAGCUCGAGGCUGCUGUGCCACGACACCAGCACCAACCUGGCGCUGAUCGAGUGGCCGUUUCUGGACGCGAUGAACGGACGGCUAAGCACGCACAUGAACGGACGGCCGCAGACCCCGUGGCGCGCCGAGACGUACGCCGAGCACGAGGGGCUCUUCGAGCAGCAGGUGAACGACGUCUUCUGCCACGCCAAGGGGCUGCAGGUCUGCCAGCUGGGCAGCGUCGCCGAGGCCAAGCACAUCUUCCCGCUGCAGAGCUGGCCCGUGGACUCGGACCGCGCCCCGGGGCGCCGCAUCGCCACGAGCUGCGAGGGCUUCAAGGACUCGGUGCAGCUCUGGGGCUACCAGGACAAGAUGGCGCUCUGCCGGCUCUGCGGUAACAUCACGCGCGAGGAGCAGCAGAUCCAGAGCAAGCUCGGCGCUGAGCACACGGCGCAGCUGCUGGAGAUCGUAGCGGCGGUGUGUUGCGUCGCGCUGCUGAGGUGGACGUGGGCGCUGAAGGCGCUCAAGAUGGUGGAUUAUAGCCCAGGCAAGGUGGACGUCGUCAGAUACCUCGACGACGCCCCGCUCGGAGGAUGA